AUGGCUCCUUCAGAUAAAAGAAAAAGAGAUCAGGAGUUUCCCUUGUCUAGGGAAGAUUCCACCAAACCACUUGCAGCUUCUUCUCUACUGAGAAAUGCUGAAGAAAAAUCCUUUCCUAGAGGUGGUUCUUCAGUUUUGACUCCAUUGGAGCUGAAGCAAGUGACAAACGAGGCAGCAGGAGAUGUUCUAUUUGGCAACAAAGCAUCCACAGAAAGCACCGGUCAAGAAAAGAAAACUAAAAAGAGAAAGGUCAGUAGAGCACCGAAUAGUAAAAAAACGGUAGAAGAUGAAAAGGAUCAAUUUGAGGGUCUGACUGAGCACAUAAAUUUCAAGACGUUGAAGAUAGGCUCUAUGUUACUUGGCCAGAUCACUGAGAUAAAUAACAAGGAUAUUCGUGUUUCUUUUACUGAUGGAAUUUCCGGUUAUGUUUCUAUGAUGAAUAUUUCCGGUCAAUUCACAGGAAUCUUAGAAGCAUUGGACGACAAUAUGGGAGGUGAAGGAGUUGAUGAGGAAAACGCUUCCUCCGAUGAAGAAGACAGUAAUAAGAACAAUAAAAAGUCAUCAUUCGAGCUACCUGAUUUGCAUAAAUACUUCCAACUAGGACAAUGGUUGAGGUGUUCAGUAACCUUGAAUACCGCAUUGGAGCCCCAAUCUGGGAAACUCAAUAAAAAAAGACUUGAAUUAUCGAUUGAGCCAGCCAUGGUCAACCAGUUUACCGAGGAUGAUCUAGAUAGAUUUACUGUGGUACAGUGUGCGGUAAAAAGCAUAGAGGAUCACGGAGCUACCCUCGAUCUAGGUGUCGAGGGAUUUGAAGGCUUUAUCUCCAAGAAGGACUGCCAUAAUUUCGAUAAAUUAUUGCCUGGUUCAGUGUUUCUGUGUAGUGUCAACAAGAGAGCUGGAAGAUCUGUUACUGUCAAUUUGCAUUUUACGGCAAAAAGUAACAAGAUUUCGAAAAUUUCAACAAUUGAGGCACUGGUUCCGGGCCAAACAAUCGACUUUCUCUGUGAAAGUGUAACAGGAAAGGGGGUUGCCGGUAAAGUUUUGGGUUUAGUUUCAGGUUUUUUGGGUGUCAAUAAUAUUCAUUCUUUUGGUGAGGAUGAACUAAAGAGUCAAUUUCCUGUUGGAACAAAUGUCAAGAGUAAAAUUAUUGCAUCACUAUUUAGUAAGGAUGGCAAUAGAACGCUUCUUCUAAGUACAUUGGAGCGCACUGUAGCUUUGGACAAUAGCCUUAAGGAAAUUGAUGCGCUAGACGCCUUCUCUGUUGGAUAUGUUUUAGAUUCAUGCACUGUUGCUGGUCGUGACUCUGAAUAUUUAUAUCUCAAGCUUGACAACGAUCGUCUGGGUCAAGUCCAUUCUUCAAGAGUUGGUGAUAUUGAAGCAACUGCCACUAUAAAAUCUAGAGUACUUGGCUAUAAUAAUGUUGAUAAUCUGUAUGAACUUUCCACUGAUCCAAAAACGUUGGCAUUAAAAUACUUAAGAUCUAAGGACAUUCCAUUUGGUGAGACAGUGACCUGCGAAAUUACUGCAGUAUCGAGUGAAGGUAUUAACAUAAAGAUUUUCGGCGGACAGUUUACGGCAUUCGUACCUCCGUCUCAUAUCUCUGACACGAGGCUGGUCUAUCCUGAAAGAAAAUUCAAAAUUGGCUCAAAAGCUAGAGGUAAAAUCUUGAAUGUCGAUAAACGUGGUCAUAUUUUUAUCACAUUGAAAAAAUCAUUGGUGAAUUCAGGUGAUGAUAUAAAGAUUAUUACAUCUUUUUCAGACGCUAAACAAGUAUUUGAAAGUGAUGAGAAAACUCUUGCAGUCGUCCAAAGUUUCCGGCCGAAGGGUUGCGUUCUAUCAUUUUUUGGUGGGAUUAAAGGUUUUUUACCAACCGCUGAAGUUUCUGAGGUGUAUGUUAAGAGACCAGAAGAGCACUUGAGACUGAAUCAAACUGUCAUCAUCAAGCUUCUACAAGUUGAAGAAGAAAGAUCUAGAAUAAUUGCAACUUGUAAGGUUUCUAACGACCAAGGAAAGCAACAGAAGGAAGCUAUCGAGGAGAUGAUACUUGGACGUUCUAUUAUAAAAGUCACAAUUGUUGAAAAAACCAAAGACUCUCUGGUUGUUGAAAUGAACGAAGUAGGACUUCGUGGUGUUGUAUAUGCUGGUCACCUAUCAGAUUCUAGAAUAGAGCAAAAUAGAGCUCAGUUAAAAAAAAUGAAAAUUGGAGCAGAAUUAGAAGGUUUGGUUAUAGAUAAGGAUACAAGAACUCAAGUAUUCAAUAUGACCUUGAAGCAGUCUUUGAUCGAAGAUGCUGAAAAGGGUGAACUACCUCUUCUGUAUGAAGAUGUUAAGGCGAAGGACAAUCAAACAGCUAUGCAUGGUUAUAUUAAAUCAUUCUCUGCAAAAGGUCUCUUUGUCGCAUUCAAUGGUAAGUUUGUCGGUUUAGUGUUACCGAGUUACGCUGUUGAAAGCAAAGAAGUGGAUAUUUCUAAAACUUUCUAUUUGAACCAAUCCGUCACUGUUUAUCUGUUAAGAACCGAUGAUGACCACCAUAGAUUUCUGCUCACCCUUAAAAAUCCGGAAGAGCGUGCAAACACAAAACGUACAAACGGAUCCGUGAACAACGCAGUUGAUGCAUCCGUUCACAGCUUGGAGGAUCUUUCUUUGGGCAGAGUUGUUUCGGCAAAAAUUAAAGGUGUCAAAAAGAAUCAAUUGAAUGUGAUCUUGGCUGACAAUUUGCAUGGAAGAGUUGAUAUUUCUGAGAUUUUCGAUAAUUAUGAUGAUAUUCCAAGUAAGAAGCAACCUUUGGGCAAUUUUAAAAGUGGCGAUAUCAUUAAAGUGAAGGUUAUUGGCUCUCAUGAUGUUAAAGGUCACAAGUUCUUACCAAUCACCCAUAUGGUUAACAAAUCCAGUGUUUUCGAAUUGACCGCAAAAAAAUUCAAAGUUGAUAGUUCUGAAAGCAGUACUCUAACCAUUUCUGAUGUUUCUGUUGGUGACGAAUUGAUUGGGUUUGUCAAUAAUUACUCCAAUAACAGCUUGUGGCUAACAAUUUCACCUAGCCUCAAGGCCAAAAUAUCUAUUUUAGAUCUCUCAGAUGAUAACAGUACCUUCACGGAAAGUCUGGAAGGACAAUUUCCAAUCGGGUCUGUCGUGAAAGUCACAGUAAGUGCUGUUGAUUCAGAUCAUGGAUAUCUAACAGUCACGAGAAGGUCGCAUUGUGUUCAAGGUUUUGAUGACAUUAAAGUGGGCAACAGAAUGCCAGCAAGUAUUGUUAAGAUAACCGACCGUUACGUUCUUUUGAAUCUGGGGGGAAAUGUUACCGGUAUAUCGUUUGCAGCCGAUGCAUUAGAUGAUUUUUCUGUUCCGUUGGAUGAGGCCUUCAGUGGAAUGAAAAACCAAACUAUACCAUCGGAGGUUAUUUCGAUUGCAUCUGAAUCGAAACAAAUCAGACUUUCUUUGCGCUCCAAAGAUUCGAAAACUCCGUUGGUAAAAAGUCAUAAGGAUCUCAAACAGGGACAAAUUGUGCAAGCCUUGAUCAAAUCAGUUACAGACAAGGGUAUCUUUGUGUAUCUCAGCUCUUUGAUCGAAGCAUUUGUACCUGUGAGCAAACUUUCAGAUUCCUAUUUGAAGGACUGGAAGCAGUUUUAUAAGGUGAUGCAACCUGUGACGGGUAAAGUUGUUAAAAGUGACGAUGACUCGCGUAUUUUACUGACUUUGAGAGAAUCCGAGAUUAAUGGGGACUUGAAAAUUAUGAAAACCUACAGUGAUAUAAAAGUGGGUGAUAUUUUCAAUGGUAGCGUUAAAAACGUAACGGAUUUUGGUGUAUUUGUCAAGCUAGAUAAUACACUUAAUGUGAGUGGUUUGGCACAUCGCUCUGAAAUCGCCGAGGAUUUGCCAAAAGAUUUGCAUUCCUUGUUCGGAGUAGGUGAUAAAGUAAAGGUUUUCGUGUUGAAAGUUAAUAUUGCCAAGAAACAACUUUCUUUGAGCUUGAAAGCGUCUCAUUUUACUGCAAAAGGGGAAUCUAUAGAAGAGGGUGUUUCAGAUGCGGCCACCAAAGAAUAUGAGGAGAAAUACGAAGCUGCAGCAAGCAUUGAAGAUGAGGACGAAAUUAUGGAUGAUGUAAAUUAUAGCGAUGAUGACUCACAAACUGAUGAAAGGGUAGAGCCUUGCAGUGAGUCAAAAUCUGAAAUUAAGGCAGUCACAACUGGUGGUUUAAGUCUGAGUGCAGGGUUUGACUGGACCACCAGUAUUUUGGAUCAAGUUCAGUCGGAUUAUGAGUCUGAGGAUGAUAUCGAAAACUUCACUGAAGCAAAAAGGACCAAGCGCCACAAAAAUAAAAACAAAUUUGUUGAAGAUAGAACCAUUGACAUAAAUACAAGAGCUCCAGAAUCUGUUGCGGAUUUCGAACGUCUGAUCAUGGGUAAUCCAAAUUCGUCCAUCAUUUGGAUGAACUAUAUUGCUUUUCAAUUGCAGUUAAGUGAAAUAGAAAAGGCAAGAGAGGUAGCAGAGCGCGCAUUGAAGACAAUUAGUUUCAGGGAAGAAACUGAGAAGCUAAACAUCUGGAUUGCCAUGCUGAACUUGGAAAACACAUUCGGCACGGAAGAUACUUUGGAAGAUGUUUUCAAGAGGGCCGUGCAAUAUAUGGACUCUUUCCUAAUUCACACCAAGCUUCUAAGUAUAUACCACAUGAGUGAGAAAUUUGAUCUUGAGGCGGAAUUAUAUAAAUCAACAGCCAAAAAAUUUGGAUCGGAUAAAGUCUCAAUCUGGGUUUCCUGGGGUGAGUUCUUGCUAUCACGAGACCUAGCGGAUGAAGCUCGUUCGAUUCUUUCGAGAGCUUUAAAGGUGCUGCCUAAACGUUCUCACAUCGAGGUCGUCAGAAAAUUUGCCCAUCUUGAAUUUGCUAAAGGUAACCCUGAAAGGGGUCGCUCUUUGUUUGAGGGUUUGGUAGCAGAUGCUCCUAAGAGAAUUGACCUGUGGAAUGUUUACUUGGAUCAAGAAAUAAAAAAGAAUGAGAAGAAUAAAGUUGAAAACAUCUUUGAGCGUGUUUUUGCCAAGAAAAUAAGCAGAAAGCAAGCUAAGUUCUUUUUUAACAAAUGGUUAGAGUUCGAAGACCAGCAGCAAGAUAUUAAAACAGCAGAAUAUGUUAAGGCUAAGGCUCUAGAGUAUGCGGAAGCCCAUCCAAAGGCACAGAGUGCAUAA